AUGUACUCAAAGAGUACAUGUAGAUUAGGGUUUCGAUUUGGAAACAAAGAUGUAAACGUAAACUAUAUUGAAAUUCUUAAGAACAAAAGGACCACAAUUUCUGAAGUUGACAUUGAACCUGAAACUCGAAGGAUAUGUGUUCUACGACGGACACCAUUACAGGUAAACAAAACCCUUAAACAGUUCGUAAGCACAAAGUCCAAAAGAAAAGUGUCUGAUGGAACGGAAUCGACAGAAUUGACAACACAAUCCCUACCUACAUAUGGUGAUAAGAAAUUAAAAGUAAGUUGGUGCAGGAUUGCACUUAUUCUAAUCUUUUUCCUUGGAAUAUCUGUUGGCGCUGCACUAAGUGCCCUUAAUACAGAACAGCUAUCAGAAUUACCAAAAAUAACGGAAAAUUUCACCAGGACUGUGGAGUUUCUUCGAUCCGAAAUUAAAAAAGAUUUUUCAAACACAGCUUCCAUUAUAAAAGAAUACUUUUCACAAACCCAAGGGACAGUAUGUGUAAGCGACUGUACUACUAUGAGAGACGGGGAUUACCAGUCUUGUUUUACCUGUUUCGGCUUCGUGUCCUGUUCAAAUAACAUCACCAUUAACAAGACCUGUGCAAAGUCUGACGGCAGCUACCUGAAAUGGGACGACAAAAUCAAAGAGUGUCAAUUUAAUAGUACAACAUGCCAUGAUGAAAGAUAAUUUGUUUAACAUUAAACUAUUAUUUACAUAAUAGUUUUGUAUAUAUUGAUAUGAUUCCAAUUUUAUUGAAAUGUAGAAAUCCCAUGAUAUCCAUGUAUUAUAAUCGUGAUGUGCUAACUCGUAAAUAUUCCUGUGAAAAACUUAGAGUUUAGAAGUAACUGAAGAUAAUUUAUCAAAAUUAUAGAAUAUCACAUUUUUUCAAGGGUUUCCUGAACAAAAAAAGAAAUCCGGUUAUUCAGUGUUGUAUAUAAUUGCCUGAAGUAUUGUUGAAAUAUAUUUAUUUUUAGAGAUAUGUACAUACAUGUAUUAAUAUAUAUUAUUUAUUCAAUAAGGUUUGCAGUCUUUAUGGGUCUAGCUUUGAUCAUGAAGACACAGAUCUAGAGGACUCGGGUGUUUCAAGAAUCCGUUAUCACUCUUUCGUCCUAAACGUUGAUUUAGUGUUUUUGAGAAUACAGAAAUUUUCUUUGA